ACAUGAAAAUUUGUGUUUUUUUUUCAAACAAUAGAUCAAAAUCUGAUGGGCUUUACAAAAUCACAGAUGGGUGAUCAUUGAAUGAGCCAGCCCAUAUAUAGUAUAAAGCUCGCAUUUAAAGCCCGAAAAAGAGAAAAAAAAGUGACAACGUUGCUUGAAUUUGAAAUUUUCGUUUUUUUACGUCACGUGAGUGUCACCGAUAAAUCGGAACAAAACAAACAACCUUAGCCUGAUGCCUGAGUUCUCCGAGCCCGAUCAUGCAUUUCAUCGUCCAUGUCCAUGGAUAUGAAGAUGAACAUGCUUUUCUUUCUCGUCCUUUUUGCUUCUGCAAUUUCCUCUUCUCUUGCCAAGGGUUCCUUGCAACAAACCCUUCUUCCUUCAGAAGAAUUCGAUGACGGUAGUAAUGCAAGCAGUGCAAGGCAUUUAUUAGAGGAUGAGUCUCAGGCUCAGACAAGUGUUGAUUUGGCACAAGGAUUUAUGUCCAAUGAUGAACUUGAAUGGGCCAUCCAAGAAUUUGGACAAAGAUGCAGCAACAUAUCCAGGGUAUACAGGGAUUCUUGGAAUGGGCUAUCAGUAUUGGAAAGAGUGUAAAUGGUUUUCCAUUGUGGGUGAUAGAGAUUUCUGACAAGCCUGGAGAAGAAGAGACUGAACCUGCAUUUAAGUAUAUUGGAAAUGUGCACGGUGAUGAACCUGUGGGACGUGAGCUGCUUAUAUUUUUGGCCAAUUGGUUAUGUGAUAACCAUUUGAAGGAUCCUUUGGCAACAUUGAUUGUGGAGAAUGUUCACCUUCAUUUACUUCCAUCAAUGAAUCCUGAUGGUUUUAGUUUAAGAAAGCGUGGUAAUGCUAAUAAUAUUGAUCUGAAUCGGGAUUUUCCUGACCAGUUUGUUUUUAUAAAUGAUGAUGAGGAUUCCCGGCAACCUGAAACAAGAGCGAUAAUGAAUUGGUUGAGAGAUAUACGAUUCACAGCAUCUGCCACUUUGCAUGGGGGGGCACUUGUUGCAAAUUAUCCAUGGGAUGGCAGCGAUGACAAAAGGACAAAGUACUAUGGUUGUCCUGAUGAUGAUGCAUUUCGAUUCAUGUCAAGUAUCUACAGUCACUCUCAUUACAAUAUGUCUUCAAGCAAGGAAUUUCUCGGUGGAAUCACAAAUGGAGCAGCAUGGUACCCUCUAUAUGGGGGAAUGCAAGAUUGGAACUAUAUACAUGCUGGCUGUUUUGAGUUGACCCUGGAAAUUAGUGAUAAUAAAUGGCCUAAUGCUGCUGAGCUUCCUUUUCUUUGGAGAUACAACAAAAUGAGCAUGCUUAAUCUUGUGGCAAGCCUGGUGAAGACAGGAGUGCAUGGAAGAAUAUAUUCUUCAGGCGAUGGAAGGCCAUUACCAGGCUCUAUAAUUGUCAGUGGAAUAAAUUACACAGUUAGAGCUGGAAAUACUUUUGGUGACUAUCAUCGCAUACUCGCCCCAAGAGAUAAAUAUGAAGUAGUGGCAACCAUGCCUGGCUACAAAUCAAAGAAUACAACUAUUUGGUUGGACGAAGGACCAGUGACAUUGGAUUUUGUUCUUGACCCUGAAGUCAGUGUCAAAGGGAGUGUACUACGAAAUAUCUAUGAUUGUGACUGUAAUGGUGAAAGCAAACAAGAAUUUGUUCAGUUUCUUUGGGGAACUCACUUGGAAGUUUUCUUUGUUGUGAUUGUUGUUUUAGGAUUUUUACUUUUAUUAUUUCAGAGAAGACAAAAAGUCAAAUUUUCAACAAGCAGACAGUCAGCGGGGGCAAAAAGAACUGUUGAGGUCUAAGGUUAUUGAUAUGUAACCCACUAAGGUUGGCCUAGGGGUAAGGAGUUAGGAUAGAUGCAUGAGGAUUUAGGUUUGAUUUUCAUUGUUGUCAUUGCACACCAAAAAAGGUUAUUGAUAUGUUGUUUGUAUUAAAUUCUGUUGUAUAUUAAAGUGGGUUGAAAAAUGAAACCUUUUUCCAUGUAAAGAUUUCUUCAGAUGGCUAACGUGAAUUCGUAUUAUUGAA